UUUUUUUGUUCUACGUCAUUGAACAUAUCUCAGGAGGGCAGGGUUACGGUUAGCCUUGUUGCCUUUACACAAGAAGAAGAUGAAGACGAAGAAGAAAACCAAGAAGAAGAAGAAGAAGAAGAAGAACGGAUAGCUUCAAAAAAUGGCGUCGAACGGUAGCAGCACGGCUUCCAAAGCUGGUAGCAGUGCCGGAGGAAAGCAGUGCAGCCCCUCCGCCGAACAGGUGGUGGCAACAUUUCAGAAGAUGCGUCAGGAGCAGCGCAAUAUGGCCUCCAAAGCAGCCGAGUUAGAGAUGGAAUCGAACGAACACAGCCUAGUCAUCGACACCCUGAAGGACGUGGACCCAUCCCGGAAAUGCUUCCGUCUGGUCGGCGGCGUGUUGGUGGAGAGGACGGUGAAAGAAGUCCUGCCGGCUUUGCAGACUCACAAGGAGCAGAUCUCGAAAAUAAUCGAGUCCAUCACCACCAAGAUGCAGGAGAAGGGGCGUGAACUCACGGAGUACAGAGAACGCUACAACAUUCGCCUGGUGGGCGAGGGGGACGCGCAAGACCAGUCCGCCUCCAAGGACAGCGAAGGAGGCGGCUCGAAAAGCGCCGCCGGUGUUUUGGUUUCAUAGGGUUUUCUUUCCCGAUUUAGCGGCACGGCUGUGUGCUAUGAAUUAAAAACAGUUUGGGGGGGCGGGGGGAUCUACGUUUGGGGGGGAAAAAAAAAAAAAGGGAAGAUUUUGGACUGACAAGUUAAGGAUGUGAUGUGCCCGACUGAAUCUGUGUUCCGAUUUGAUCGGGCUCAAAUGUUUUGUUUUGGUUUUUUUUCUGUUCGUCUCGGCGUAAAUAACGCGGCACCGCAGCCGAGGUCGUCGUGUCGGAGCGAUGACUUAUGUGCUCGACAGUUGGAAGAUUAAAAGUUUGGAAAUAUUUUUAUUGCGCAAUGAGCUGUGUGCGUCAUGCUGCAGUUUUUAAAAGCGCGGGUGUCAAAAGUCGAGGCCCGGGGGCCCAAUCCGGCCCGCCGUGUGAAUUUA